AUGGCUAUGCUCACAUUGGAUACUGCAUCAGAAACCAACAUCCCAAGAACUGUGCCUUUCAGGAAUAGCAGCAAUCUCCGUGAUGCCUCGUUUUCUUCUUACCUGAAUGGUUCUGAAGAAACUUCUGUGCAUCAACUUGCAGAUUCCAGUAAAAGCUGCGAGCCCCUCAUCUCCACCCCACUUGAUCAUCUUCACCUUGUAAGCAAGAAGGCUGAAGAUACUGAAAUCGAUAUAUUUAGUGCUGAUAAGUAUUUCAAUGAAGGAGUUGAAGAGGAAACUCCCCGAAUUGCCGACAAAUACUCUCCAAAGCUCGAUCAAAAGAUGGACCCUCCACCUGAAUUGGAUCCACUAAAACAACAGACUGGGUCAGGAACUCCAAGUAUUCGCUCUGAAUCAAGCUGGAACAGCCAAAAUGCAUUGCUGCAAAAUAUUCCCCGGAAUCAGCUGCCACGGAAAACAAACAAGGCUAAUCGCAGGAGCUUCCUCGCUAAUAUUGCUUGCAAUUGUUCUUGUAGUGACAAGAACUCUGUUGAUAUUGAUAUUCCACUCGGUGAAAAUAAUUGCAAUAUGAGUGCUAAUGGCAAGCAAGCUUAUGGCAAAGCAGGAAAGCCAACAAAAGCUGUUGGUUUGGUUAGCCUUAGCGAGUCUCAAUCUAGCACAUUAAUCAGGGAAGAUUCACCCUGCAGAAAGUUUGACCAACUAGGAAUUGGAUUGAGCACAAACGGUCAUUUUAGGUUCCCAGCAUCUCAUCCCACAACUGAGGAUAAUCCACUAGAAAUGCAGCGAAAAAAGGAAGAAGAUGAUACUAGGCGGAUAUCAUUAGAAGUGUUUGGCUCCCCAACUGAGAGAAAAGGGAAGAAGUCCUCAAGCCUUGAAAGAAGCCUGAACAUGUUAACUUGGGAUGCAAUUGUUCCAAAGGUGGACGAAAGUGAAGUUCAAGCCAGCUCCAGAGGGAUGUACAAUGACACAGACAGCGAUGCAAGUUCAGAUUUAUUUGAGAUAGAAAGCUUCUCCACCAAUCCCAGCCAAUAUCUUACCAGGCAAGCUUCAAACAACUCAAUGACACGGACAACUUGUUAUGCUCCAAGUGAAGCAAGUAUAGAGUGGAGUGUUGCAACAGCUAGUGCAGCAGAUUUCUCUGUGAUGUCAGACACAGAAGAGCUGAGAUCAACUACAACAAAAGCUAAUCCUCGUGGUAAUGGUAUGGCUCUAAAUGGGAGAUCUACACCGGUCAGAGAAAUGCCGAAAAGGCGUUCAGGUAUUCUUUCAGGAUGUUACAGUCAAAAAGCUGUUAGAGUUGCAGGAGACGUAUACAGAACAGGUGAAAACACAUGCCCCGGCAGGCACCAGAAAACAGAGUUCCUGAUGCCAAUGACAAGGUUUCAUGCUGAAAAUGAGGUUGCCAGGUUUGACAAAAGAAAUGAUCAUUUUGGCCAGGACACACGUUUGUUCACUUGCUCACAGUCUAGACGUCCUACAGAGUUACUGUAUAAGCAUUGA